AUGGAAGGAGCCUCAAGUACAAGAUUUGUCAGAAGUGAUCUUAAUGAUUUGGCAUCAUCUGAUGAAAAUGACAGCAUUUUACACAACGAUGAUGGUCUUCGCAAAACUUGGGAAAAGUCAUUGAUUGACCCGGCUAUAUUCAAAGCGUAUCAAAAUCUUCGAAACAUUGUGGUUGAACGCGGUCUCGAAAAGGAAUUAAUUGUUCCACGAAUUGUGUUUGUUGGUGACACAUCAGCAGGAAAAUCCAUGUUGGUGCAGAUGUUUCUUCAAUUUCCAUCAGUUUUUUCUCAAGCUAACGUUGGUACUCGAUGUCCUGUCCAAUACGUAUUACGAUAUGAUCCAACUUUAGCUGAUGACGAUGUUCACAUUAUUCGACCAAGAGGCUGGCGGCCCCAAGAUCUUGGUAGAAACCUACAGCAAGAAAUGAUCCGCAUUGAAAAUGAUCACAAAAGCGAAGGUGGCUUCCGCAUUCUGCCAUUUGUUGUGGAAAUUGCUAGCAAGCAUUAUACCGACAUCGAGAUACUUGAUCUGCCUGGUUUAAUUAGUGGUGAUCGAGAUAAAAACAAACGAGCAGCUGUUGAACGUAUCACGGAAUAUUACGUUCGUGAUCCAAGUUUCAUGAUUGUUCAAUUGAAAGAAGCUCAACAACUGGUUGAUAAUACGUAUGGAAUGCUACGAAUUGAUGAAUUAUGUACUGCUGAGCCUGCUCUUUGGGGUUCAAAGCUUCCUGCUCGAAAGAAUUACGCACAACACAUGAUUACAAUCCAAACCAAAUUUGAUGCAUUCAUGCUCAAUCAUGACAAUGGAUCAGCAACAAACGAAGAUAUUCGCACGCGAAUCCAUGCUUUCCCCAAUAGUUAUUUCACGAACAUGGUUUUUGAUUUGUACAAUUUUGCUGAUCAUUCAUAUGAUGAAAAUGUUCGGUACAUUGCGGAAGUACCUGAAAGAGAAAAGGAAGCUGUUGACAAUUGGAUUGAUCGUAUCAACACGAGAGCAAACUCUAAUGAAUCUCUAUAUCAAUUGUUCAAUCAAGAAUAUCGUUCUUUGAUCGGCAUCGACGUUGUUCGAAAAAAAAUUCAAGAUCUAUGGUCACAGGCAUUUCGUAAUGCUAUUCCGGAGUUAUUGCAAACAGUUGACCGACUGAUUCAACAGUCGAAUCUGAAACACAAAAAAGCCUUGUCUAAUUUAAAACAACAGGAUCCGAAAGCUGUACGAGGCGUUUAUUUAAACUAUAUUGAAGAGUUUCGAAAAACAAUCAGUAACUACGCAGCCUACCGUGCUGAAGUCAAUAAUAUGUUUCCAUUGAAUGAGUACGGUCGAACUUAUGAAGAAAUCGAAAUGGAAUACAAUGAAUGGAAUCGUAAGCAACCUUUAACUUGGCGAGCUUAUCUAUCGUCCGAACAAUUGAAACAAAUUCCGGGUAAAAAAGAAUUGGAAGCACUUAACUCACGCUAUGUGGGCGCUUACCAUUUUGGACGCUUGCAAGAGGUGUUUUCAUAUAUGGUUCGAUCACAUGGUACUUUGGAUCGUGAGUCUGAUUGGUUUGAAUCAUCUCAGUCGUUACUGUAUGGUGUAAUCAGUGAUAACAAAAAUACGGAAAAAGCUAUACGUGAAUCAAUUUUUACUCUAAUUCGCGAAACUUUUCUUAUUGGAGUCUGUUGGCUAACACAGAUGUAUGCAUUUCUGACGGACCAUUUUUCCAGUCAUGUCAAAUCAGCGUUACUAGACAGGAAAUUUCCAGAUCUACAGGAUCACGUCAAAUUCUUAAGUUUAGUCGAUCUCGAAUAUCACGGAGUAACACGAACAUUUAUUCGAAACGCUGUAACAGCAAUCAGACAAGAGCGAUAUCUUCGAAUGGUUUAUGUUACUUAUGAUCUUUGUGAAACAUUGAAAAAGCUUGUCAAGUCAUUUUCAUCCAUGGCCAACACCAUCGAAAACAAUCACGACAAUGAUAAUGCUGAUGAUGAUCAAGACAAUGAAAGAUUGGGAGAACAGAUUCUGAAUUCUGCGAAGGACGCAGUGUCAAAAAUAGUGACUGGCACCAAUCCAGGUAUGGCUAUUGCUACUUCAGUCGCGUCACAUUUAUGUGCAGAUAAAACUUCAAAGACAAACGGCUAUGUACAACCACGUGAUAAGGUUGCUCAUUUAUAUUUAACAAUACAAAUUCAAGGAUACAAAUCCAAAUCUAUUGAAAAUUCUUUGCAAAAUCGUUUACAACAUAUGUCUGACAGAAAUGUCGCUCGCAUGGCAAAUAUUAAUAUCAAACGUAGUCGCCAAGAAGUCUUUGAUGCUCGAGAAGAGGUCGAUCAACUGGAAGAAACGCGUGACAGCAUAGAAAACGUGAAAUCUCUGCUCGACAAUGAAUAUAUGAACGGCAAACGAUUGAAUGCGAAUAGUGAUAAGAAUAGACGCAUUCGAGUAGUCGUUGCAAAUAAACGCGAUAGAGAAUUGCACGAUAUUGAGAAAAAAUUAAAGAUACAGGAACGCCACAAGAGAAAAACCAAGCAAAACACGCAGCAUCAAGUCGAUGAUCAAGUGUCAACAUUCGAUACAAUCGAGAAUGACAAAGAAUUUUCCAUCGAGUCUGAUUUGGAUGAAGAUAGUAUGAGUGAAAAUGAAGAUGAACAUGAACUGAUGCAAUAUGAUGACAAAACGUCGAGUGAAACAUACUUGCUGGGCAUUUUCCGAGCACAUGAUGAAGAAGAUCUUCGACUUGGCUUUCUCGAAGGUGACUCGUUAGAUGCCGAUGUGGAAUUUGUCCAACAACGUCAGCAGCAACAAGAGAAUGAACGAUCAUCUGUAGCGUCUAAUAUUAAAAUGAAUAUCCAGACAACGAAUCAGAUUUCAGAAGAACACAUCACACCUUCUCUUCCGCCAUCCAGCUCAGUGUCUUCAGAGCACGCUGUUGUCUCCACUACUGUUGCAGCCAAUGAUAACGAAGCUCCUACAGAAGUAACAACAAGCCAGGUUGUCACGGAGGGUACGUUGAUUCACACUGGUAGUGUUUUAAGUGAGCUUGAUAGUGCGAUUUAG